CGCGCGUUUUGUUGUGGCGUCGUGUAGAUAGAGCCAUAAUAAAGCCUUCUAAUACUCGGUAGAUCAAACUUUAUUGCAAAAUUAAUAUUUGUUAUUGUUCGCAACCAAUAAAUGCACCCAGAUGCGUUUAGAGCCGAUCUGCUGAUGCGGACUUGAGAUACAUUCACUUGGAAUACAUCCGCCAUUACUCUCACGCCAGUUCCGAAUACAAAUUAAACCAUGAUGAGGGAGUCGGCCCACGAUAUAAGCAUGGACACGUGGAAACAGUGGAUUCUCGAGGCCAUAUCCAAAAUCCGAUCCCAGAAGCAGAGGCCCUCCGUUCAGAGGAUCUGCCAGGCCAUCGGCACCCACCACAAGUUCCACGAGGACAUCGUCGCCGAGAAGCUGGAGAAGGCCGUUGAGUCGGGGGCUGUGAUCAAGGUGUACAACAAGGGAUUGCACUCCUACAAGGCGCCAAUGGCCAAGCGGCGCAUAAAAGUGGACAAGAACACCAACCUGUACAAAAUGGUGGCCAAGGCGGUCCAUGAUUUGGGCGAGUGCGAGGGCUCCACCAUCAAGAGCAUUGAGAACUAUAUUCAGAAGUUCAACUGCAUCGAUCUGUCGCCCAAUGUCGACUUCAAAGCCGUAAUAAAGGCCUCCAUCAAAAAGGCAGUGGACGCUGGGUUUCUGAUUCAAGAAGGAAAGCUCUACAAGAAGGGUAAAUCCCUGACAUCUCCUCGAAAAUGUGCCCCGGCCGCUGAUGUGGUCAUUAAGGGCGAAGACUCCUGCACCCAUUGUUCGGGAAACGCUCAGAAGAACCUGAACGGCAUUCCGGAGCCGCUGAGCUCCUGCAAGCAGUGCGGAAUAUCCCUGCACACAACAUGCGCCAACAUAGCCGGCAAAUGCAAGUCACAGUCCUAUGUGCUGCUUUACAUGCUCGUCACCAAAGGCACCAUCUGGGAGUGCCAGAACUGCGCCGACUGUGUGGUCUGCAAGAUGCGCAACCGCGGACCCUGCCUGCUGCAGUGUUUCGUGUGCAAGGAUCACUUUCACUUGACGUGUCUCGAUACCAUACCGGACAAGAAGCCCAAGCAUCCAUAUAGAUGCAAGUCGUGCUCAAAACAGAAUAUAGACACUUCAAAACUCAUCAAGAGAGACAAUUCAAGAAUUAAAAUGGAAAUGGGAAAUGACAGGGGGACUCCAUCGGAGAGAUAUGCACCCAAUAAGCGUCAACUCAUCAAAAAGGAGGGCAACAGUGAGAGUCCAUCGACCUCAAAACUUUGCGUCUAUAAUGACGGCAACGGCCAGAGGAGGAAAGCUGCAGCGGGCUUGAACUCACGGAAAUCGGCAGCCAGUGAAGAUCAGUACGAGUUCCCAAGCAAGCAGAAGAGAACACAGGUAUUACAGGGAGGCUACCUUGCCAGCCAAGAGAACCGAAAGCGCACUUUCUCGGAUCUCUCGUCGUCCAGUUCGUCGAGCGAAAGCGAAGACGAUGACGACGAGGACGACGACAGGAACAGGGGCGACAAUGAUCAAGAUGAGAGCACCUCCUCGGACUCGUGUACUUCGUCCAGUUCCGACUCGGAUUCCAGUGAGAGUUCCAGCGACAGUUCGGAAUGCGAUGACGAGAAUGACGAGGAGGACUACGACACCGAUCGCAGCACCCUGAAGGGCAAGAUAUUCGCAAACGAAAAGCAGAGCUGUGCCAAGCUAGCCGCCAACCGGGGCCUCAGCUCGCCAGACCCCAAUGAGGCUGGUAGUAAGUACUGGGGGUUUGCUGCCGUGGCAAAAAACCCCAUUGAUAUAUUUGUCAAGUCCAAGAAUAAUACAAACAAUAAAAGCAUGAGCUACACCAAGCCCCAGACGGAGUCAUAUUCCACGUCGCCAGCUGCCAGUCGGGCACAAAAGAGCGCCCCCGUUACUUCGACUCCCGACAAGAGCACUGCUACUCCAGCUACUGGAGGCAUGACCAUACGGCGACAGAAUGCCAAUGGCCAGAAGAAGAAGAUUAUUCCACUGAAGAGCAUGCCGCUGCAGGCAGGCACAACGUACGAAAAGGGCGACGAUGACAUUCCGUACCUCACUGAGGAGACAGUCAUGAAGGUGCAAAUGCUGGAGGAAAUUGAACGCUGCCGGGAGGCCAAGAGCGACGCCGAUCCCUCGGAGAAGCCCGAAACGAAUCCGGACGAAGAUUUGGAAAACAUGAAGCGUGCCAAUCCCUUCGAAAAUCAGCCAUUGCCGCCGGGCGUGACUGCAACGGAUGUGGAGCUGUAUCAGGAGAUUCUCCACAAGGCAGUCGUUCAAAUGUCCAACAACCACAUCGAGAAGGUGAACGAUGUGAAUCAGAAGCCAGGGCAGAACACUCAAAGCCCCAAGUCGAUACAGAUCGGCAAGUGGGACAUCGAAACCUGGUACUCGAGCCCUUUUCCCCAGGAGUACGCCAGGCUGGUGAAGCUGUUCCUGUGCGAGUUCUGCCUGAAGUAUACGAAGAGUCGCUCGGUGCUGGACAGGCAUCAGAACAAGUGCAUUUGGAAGCAGCCGCCGGGCACUGAGAUAUUCCGCCAGGGGAACAUUUCGGUCUUCGAGGUCGAUGGAAACGUGAACAAGAUCUAUUGCCAGAACUUGUGCCUCCUGGCCAAGUUUUUUCUCGACCACAAGACCCUGUACUACGACGUAGAGCCCUUUCUCUUCUAUAUCCUGACCAAGAACGAUCAGAGCGGUUGCCAUCUGGUUGGCUACUUUUCGAAGGAGAAGCACUGCACCCAAAAGUACAAUGUGUCCUGCAUUCUUACCAUGCCCCAGUACCAGAGGCAGGGCUACGGCAGGUUCCUCAUCGACUUUAGUUACCUGCUGAGCCGCGAAGAGGGCCAGCUGGGAACACCCGAGAAGCCGCUCUCAGACUUGGGCCGCCUCUCCUACUUCUCGUACUGGAAGUCGGUGGUGCUGGAGUACUUGUACAAGAACCGCAACCAGAAGAAGAUCACAUUCAAGGACAUUGCCAUCAAGACCGGGCUGGCCAUAUCCGACAUAGCCCUGGCCUUUGAGCUCCUCAACUUUAUAAAGUUGCGGAAGAACGACGGAGACAUCCGGUAUCAGAUAAAUGUUAGAAUCGACUGGAAGAAGGUGGCACUGCAUCACAACAAGAUGGCCAACAGCAAGUCGCGCAUCCUCAUAGAGCCCGACUGCCUGCGGUGGAGCCCGCUCCUCUCGGCUUCGAAGUUGCCCAACAUCAUCAAGCCAAUUUCCAACCGGGAGUACCUCAACAACCAAACGGAAAACAGUUUUGAUUGUAACGAUUCCAAGGAGGAAGCCAAACUGGGGCCAAAGCAGAACUCCACCACCAGUCCCAAGAUAAGCCAGGACUCCAGUGAGGUGCUUGCCAAGAACCCGAGCUCCGAACGAUUGGCAGAGGAAAGGGAGAACCAUCGGAAGCGCGCCUUCCCGGAGGACUUCUUAAGGUCCGCUUCGAAUGAGUCGAAAAAAGCCAAGCCGAAUCCGGUUCAGCUGGCCAAUGAGUUUCAUGACCAGUCUCUGGGUGAGCAGUCCGAUUCCUCAGACUGCAAGUCCUCCAAGGAGCUCUCCGAGCAUCUGACCAAGCGGGCCCAGCGACUAGCCAAGCGCAACGAUGUGAUUCCGCAUACCAACAAACGGAAGCACUUCGAUCGCACCCAGGAGAGCAGUCCUUGUGAUCCCAAUCCGAAUGUGUCAAAUGCAUCCGAAACUGCAGACAAGGAGACCACUCCUAAGCCGGAGGAAUCCGCUUCUAAUACUGAGGUCCGGAAAAGUGUGACCGAAAAGGAGCAUGUGGAUAAGCCGGUGAAUAUUGUGCCCAAGUUGAGGGGAAAACAGUCCAAUGGCAAGCGCUCGGAGGACAUGCAAUUCCAUGGAUGUAAGCCCGCAGCAGAGCCGGCCGACACUGCGACCAUCAGUCCCGCCAAGGAACCGGCCAAGGAGUCCCCAAAAGAGAGCCCAGUAAAAGAGUCUUCAAAAAAUGACGGUGAAGCCAGCAGCAAGACUGAGCAAGUCCUCGAUGCUGUGGCCAAGAAAACCAAGAAGACCGUCUUUCCAGACGUCUCCUAUACUUCCGAUGAAGUCAAAUACAGUAGCCCUGAGAAGCAGGACUCCACUGUCCCAGAGGCCAUCCAACCAGUGAAGGAGGUUGAGAUGAGGGAGCUUAAACCACUGGAGGCGCCGGAUAACAAACCGAAACCCAAGAGCCCCGAAAAGCCCCAAGCCGAAAAGGUGGAGGCCACGGUCGCUGCUCCAACCACACAGCCACAGCCCUCAGUUGUUCCAGUAGCCACUCCGAAAACGGAGAACCUCAGUCCCCAGUCCGUGGAGGAGAAGAAAAUCGAGCCGGAUUUGAACUAUUUGAAGAAAUCCCCGGACUCUGCCGCAUUCACGGCUCAGAAGCCACCUGCCGAGAUGGCCCAGCAACAUGCCACAAAUCCUGUUCAGGAUGAAACUCCUAAGGAAACGGUUCCUGUUAAAAUAAAUGAAGUUCUUCAAAAGCCGACCGAGAGUGAGGAGGUGAAGAAGACCGAGGCUCCUCCGCAAAAUCCGCAAGUGAUCCACACCGAUGUUCCUAAUGUUCCUGUGGAGCUGCCAAGGCAGCAGAUGCCUCCAAAGGAAAAGAUUACACCGGAGAAAACGGAGUCUGCUUCCGCUUUCAAAGAUGCUACUGACAUCAAGGACAAAAUGUUGAAGAAACAACAACCGGAGGUCCCGGUAGUGAAGCCCGAACUCAACCCAGGCGAAAGGAAGAUGGAGACUCCAAAAAUGAAGAUGGCUCCGGAAAAGGCACUUGUUAAGUCGGAUCAGCUGGUGCAGGUUAAGGAGGAGGAGAAGCCAAACACGCGAACACCGGCACCAGUUCAUCCUCAUCGCGAGAAGAUUCAAUUGAAGGGCAACGAGCACGCCCAGUUGCAGAACUCGAUCCAGUCCCAGUUCCCCAUCAACCAGAUGCCCAACUACCAUCACUCUUCGCAGUACUGGCAGUGGGGGGACUACUACGGCUACAAUCUGUCCCAUCUGGACCCCGCCUCGCAGAAGGGGCAGAAGCAGUUCCACAAGGACCUGGCCACGACCAUGGCCUACACGCACAACUUUACCCAGAAUCUGUACCAGUCCGCGAAUCUGGUCAUGCAGCAUGCCCACCACCAGAUGCACCAGACCAAGGAGAAGCACAAGGUUGAGCGCAAGGCCAGUGGCAACUCCAGCAAGAAGGAGGAGCAGCUGAAGGUCAGCAACGUGGUCAGCACGGCGCGCGAGGAUGCCCACGUCCAGCACUGCAACGAGUAUGCGGCCAACAACCAGGCUGCCAUCUACAAUCCCAAGUGCGCCACCCAGCAGAAGCAGACCCAGCAGAUGAAGUCCCUGGCCAAUGCCCAGAACUCGGUGGGGCGGCAGGGCAAUGCCGAGUCGGCGGUCCUACAUCCCAACUCUGUGAAUCCUCAGGCUGGAGCAGUGGCGGCCAAGCAGAAAUCAGAGCACGGAGUGAGCUCCGCUGCCGGGAAGCUCAACAAGAUUGGCCACCAGAACAUCCAUGCCACUGCUGCGCAGCAUGCGAAUCUGCAAGUGGCCAGCGGCCAGGCGGACGUCAAUCCCAAUCUCGUAUACAGCUCGGAGUCCACCUCGAACGCGGCGAUGCAGCACUAUGACUGCGGGAUCAGUGCGCAGAUCAACAUAGACUCGCCGGCGAAUAUUGGAACUGCGAUUGCCCACGGGUCCCAGGAAAUCGCUGCUGCCUCGAAUGUCCAUAUGCACCAGCCGCACCGCCAGUUCUCGGACUGCUCCAUGCAGAACCAGCCGGCCACCACGCCCAUGCACAUGUCCAUCCAGAACUCGCAUAUCCAGCAGCAGAACAACUUGAACAUGAAUCUGGUGGCGACCGAGGGGUCGCCCAACAUCAAUCUUCUGAACAAUCCCCAGCACCAGCAUCAGAGUAGGAAGCUGAAUGCUCAGGCUGACAUCGCCGUCAGUUCCCCGACACCAUCACAUCGAGCCACCACGCCCAAGCAGAUACGCAGCGGCAACGCCUCCCAGCAACGCGACGCGAAGAACCCAGCUUCGGCGACGACAACCACGAAUGCCCACCACCAGAUUCCACAGGGCGGGGCCUCGGCGAACAUUUCCAAGUCGCACCAGGAGUCUCUGCACAAUCUGCAGUUCUCCCAGCACGGCCAUCAGCAGAACAUGCAACCCAUUGACUAUGUGCCGAUUCCGCAGAUCAGCCAAAACUUCUCGGCCAAUCCAUCGAACUACGACAUUGUCGGAAUCCAGCAGAGGAUGUCGCUGAACAGCUCCGUGCACUCUCUGGCCAACAGCCAUCAGCGCAUCGAGCAGCCGGCAUCGGCGUGUGCAGUGAAUAACUUUUAUUUGCAAAACAAUAUGCCCGCUUCGGAGAACUCUCCUCGGGUUCCCGUCUCCAGUUCGCUGGGUGGUCCGUCACCGGCGGGCAACAACGACCAACGGCAGACUGCUGGCCAGGAAACCAUAUCGGCGUCUAACAGCGCUGGAGCCACAGCUGCGUUGGCCGGAAAUCUGUGCAGCUUGUCCAAGCUGCAGCAGCUCACCAACUGCUUGGAGACGCAGCCAUGUAAUACGUCGCCGGGGGCUCAGGUUAAUCUGGCGCCCUCGCCCCACCAUCCCAUUCCACCCAACUCGAUGACGCCGCCCCCCCAUCUGCUGAUGCAGAACCGAAACAUUUCGACGCCGCCCAACAUGCUGCAGACACAGGUGGCGCCGUUGCAGUAUCACAAGUACUACUCGGGAAAUAUGAACAUUACACCGAUAACUUCUGCCCAGAACACGAGCAGGAACCCCACUCGGAAUACACCCUCGGCACCUGUGCAGCACACAUCGGCGCCCAUGGGCGGCAGCAACAACAAUCGCACCACCGCCAAUGUCCACAUCAGCCCGAAUCUGAUGGCUCCCUAUGGGGCAAUCAAUAGCUAUAGGAUGUCGCCACAACAGUCACCGCCGACCGGUAGCUACAGCUCAGGCACCGAGUACACCAACUCACAGAUCCCAAUGCAGAUGAUGAACAUGCAAUCUCAGUACCCGGAUGCCUGUGUCCUGCAGCGGGCCACACCCUCCAAUCCGAUGUAUCCCCCCACGUAUUCCCCCUACUUACCCCUUAACAGUUCUAUUCGCAGAUAAUAGAUACGCACAUUUUAUAUGUUAUUGUAUUGACUAUGAUUUGUAUAUGAAUGUGUGCUGUAAAUAAAUAUAUAUGACGUCAAUUCAUAAA